AUGGCUCCCAAGAUAUUUGCCCACCUUGUGCUCCUUGCUCUUUCAGCCUAUAGCAUACAGCAAGCGCUUGCGACGAGCAUCUUACAACAACCAAUUGCCCAAUUACAACAGCAAUCCUUGGCCCAUCUUACCGUACAGACCAUCGCAGCGCAGCCAGCACUCAGUCAACUCGCCGUGGCGAACCUUGCCGCCUACUUGGAACAGCAGCUGCUUGCAUCCAACCCACUGGCUCUGGCAAACGCUGCUAUAUACCAGCAGCAACAACAACUGCAACAGGUCCUAUUAGCGGUCAGUCAACUAGCUGUGGCGAACCCUGCCGCCUACCUGCAACAACAACAGCUGCAUGCAUCCAACCCACUGGCUGCGGCCAACGCCGCUGCAUACCUGCAACAAUAG